GAUUUCAGAACGAACGAACUAGACUUCUUAUAAAUCACGAAUGAAAUUCUUUAAUAACAAUAUUUAACUAUUACUCCGCUAGAAAGCGCAGUUAUAAGUGCAUUUAUAUAAAUAUGAAAAUAAUGAAAUAAAUUAUCUAAUACUUAUCCGGAAAAUUAUGUAGAUUGUGUAGGAUGUCAUGUUAAUGUGUCCAGUCAGGUGUUUGUUGGUGGUGAAUCCCGUAUUUUUGUGAUUUUACGUGGAUGUUGAGACUGCAGUAUGCACGAAUUGCUGAAACACGUGCUAACUGAGCGGGAUCUGACCCGAGCUGGCGAUAUUUUCGCCAUCGCAGAUGCCGAUAUUGUGGACGACUUGAAUGAAGUGCUAAAACAAAUCACUGACAUAUCAUCCAGACCCGAUUACAUCAGAAAUGACCGUGAUCAAGCUCUUAUUGAGAUAUGUGUGACCAGAGUGACAUCAUGUAUAAAGGAGACGGGUACUCUGGAAAAAUAUUGCGGAGCUCUAGUUGCUUUAUUGGAAUCUUGUCUCCAUCACAACUUAAUGCCUGUCGGUCACUUACGUGAUGAUGAUCCACCCCAUGCCAAGAUUGCAUCUGAUGUUAUUGCCUGUAUUGUUCUGGUAUCAUUUCCUCUUCAGUCAGACAAGGAAACAAGUGGCAACGCGGAAGUAAUGGAACUCUUCCUGCCCGUCGCGGUCCAGUUCUUGCACAAAGGAAACAGAGAAAUAUCGCGACAUAUGGCGCGCUAUCUCUCUCUUGCGGCAGUACAUCACGCGGUACUCUUAAAACCCCAUGUUCAGACAAUCAUGGAUUCUAUUAUGUCGGGUAAUUAUCCACUAUGCCGGAUCCUUACAAACUUGUAUGAAGUAUGUCCGGAACCACUGGAAGGUCAUGUCACGGCACUAGUAUCUCUAUUACCUCACGCCGAGCCCGUAGAAAAGAGUUCACUAUUCGCACUCUUUGAACAAAUAGCUGCAAGAAGACCCGAAGCGCUGAAGACUGCGAUUCCUCAGCUAUUGUCAUAUUUAUGCCCGAAUACUGCCAGUCAAAACGAUCCUGGGUGCAUGUGUAUAGAUUUGUUGCAGGUAAUAGCUAGCGUGAGUCGCAGCCGCGCGUCGUUGGUUGCGGAGCACACCGCGGCGGUGAGACGAGCGUCCCGCGCCCCGCACGCCUCCCCCCGCGCCACCGCCCUCGUCGCCACCAUCCUCGCCACCCUGGGGUACACCAGCAGGGAACGAGCUCAAGAAGCUUUGAACUUCGUGGUAGAGCGGCUGUCUGGUGCCGAAUGGCCGGAGCAGGCCGCUUUAUUGCGUGAAGCAACAGCUCUGUGCAGCGCCUACCCUGCGCUCUUCACCGAUCGUCUCCUGGCUGCGCUUCGCGCCAACAACAGCAAUCGACCUAAAUCAACUCACGGUGAAGUGAACAGAACUCCAGGCGGUGUAACGAUAGUAAAAUUAGGAGGCCCCAACACACCCGUCACUACUACAUCGAGCUCCGUGACCCCGGUCUCCGUGGUGACCGCAGCGGUGCCGGCAGGGGGCCCCGCGGUGGCGCCGGUGGCUCCCGUGACGGGCUACACGCGGAGGGCGAAGCUCGGUGAUUCGCGAAGUACGGGGCGGCUACACCCCGGCCCCAACUCGCACCGAAGUAUGACUCGAUUGAAUAUUGCCGGUGGUUCGGUGGGGGGUCUCCAUAAGAGUAUGACGCGCCUGUCGUCGUCUCAACAGAUCAACGCACAGCAAACUGCUAACCCGCCGCCAAGUGUGGGCAAGGCGGGCUCCAAGGGUGCGGUCACGGUGGUAGCGCGGCCCGCCAGACACCUACACAACAUACAUAUCGGACCCGCGCCAGCAACGAAUUCUGGGCCUACGAUAAUUUCCGGUCCGUCCUCUCUCCAAACGCAAUCGAUUUCAGUGAAUCCAUUGACUUCUGGAAAAUCGUCCGACGCCCUCGUCCCGACCUCGUCCGUCUCCAUACAGCACUCCAACACGGCACUGGGACAGGUGUCGGUGAUCACCACCACGCCCAGCACCGGACCCAUUCUGACGCAGACCGGCCCGAUAUCGGUCGGAUCGAACCCCGUCUCCAUGGGGCCCGUCACGGUCACGUCGCGGCGGGCGAACAACACGAGCGUGACGAUGAUCAACUCGAGCAACUCCAACUCCAACUCGAACUCCAACCACAGGAUAAGCGUGUUCGAGCCGUACCCGAUGAGAGACACCGUGCAGCACUUCUGCGAGAAGCACCUGGACAAGAUCAAGGCGUACAUGGACAACGUGUCGGUGCGGAUCCCGCCGCCCGCCAAGUGCACCAUCGAAGAGCGGCGCUCCAAGAAGCAGGCGCGGCUGUCGUUCGCGUGCGGGCGGCGCGGCCCGCACUGCCUGUACGCGCGCGCCGCCUUCUCCAUGCGCACGCGCCUGCCGCGCGUGUGGAUCCACCUCAUGUUCCUGGCGCUGCAGGCGCGCCACGCCGCCGCGCUGUCCUCGCGUGACCCCACCGUGGCCAGCCUCAAGCACUGCUGGGACAUCCUCAAGUGCGAGAACAAGACCUUCCUCACGCUCGUCACGGGCGCCUUCCCCGGCCUCAAGGUGCGACCUCGUCGACGGCCGCCUCGGGCGCCGGCGAGCCGAACUCAUCGUGAUCCCUUUCCAGGAGCAGGAGAUGCUGGUGAACGAGCUUCGGGCGGCGGGCUUCUUCGACGUCUUCGAGGUGAACGCGACGCGCACGGACGUGCCGCCGACGCAGGCGCCGUGGGGCUGCUUCCUGUGCAACCAUCCCGAGCGCGCCGUGGGCUUCCUGGCGGCCGACGGGCAGCCCGUUAUCGAGGGUCAGCUCAAGGAGAAGAAGGGUCGCUGGCGGCUGUUCCGGCGCUGGCGCACGAGAUACUUCACGCUUUCCGGCGCGCAUCUCUCGUGCAAGGGAGCCAGCGGCGGCGAAAGUAUAGACAUAAAUCAGAUUCGGUCGGUCAAAGUGUCACGAGGUGCUCGCAACAUUCCCAAAGCUUUCGAGAUCUUUACGGGCGAUCAAACCCUCAUUUUGAAACCGAAGGACGGAAAAAAUGCGGAGGAAUGGGCUCAGUGUUUAAGCAUAGCGGUUGCACACUCGCAGGCGAGAGACGCACCUGCCAAGGCCAACAGUCUGCCUGCACGAGGCCUCACGCUGAAGAGCUUCUGACAACCAUUGCCUCCCUAAUAUUAUUAGGUCUCUGGAACACUUCAAAAUCUACAGACCUUUUACCUCACUCCACUAUCGAUUGUCUUCACUCAGGUAACCACCCUCGGUAAUAACUAACUGAAUUAGCAUUGUUGUUUGUUUUCGUGACAUAAUUUCUUUUCGUGUGCUUUUACCAUAUUUUAUUUUUAUUACGGUCGACACGGUUACAUUUUUGACAUUUUAUGGCAUAUUUUUGGUAUGAAAAGUUAAGUUAUAUAUAACUGUUUAAAUUUACCUAAAAUUUUUUAUAAUGUAAUUUUGUUACCAUUCUAUGUUGUCGCUAUACUUUCUAAAAAUAAUUACAUUUAUUUUUUCUUUAAAUGAAUUUUAUAUCAAGUAAUCUAAGAAAACGUACUUAAUUUUUUGGCGCUGACUGACAUUUAAGACUUUCUAUGCAUUUCAUAUAAUCUUAUAUUUAUUUAUAAAUGCAAGGUACUAAAAAUGUCAUGGGAUAUUUUAAAGCAUAAUUUUCAUUUUUCAUAAUUUUUGCGCCUUUGCCUAUUUGAAGUACUUAUUAAUGUUAUUGCCAGUAUGUGCCUUAAAUACUUUGUGAUAUAUAUUUAUAUCCCGUUAAGUUUUUGCUUAAAUUUUUUCUUAAAUAAAAACAAAUUUUUUUAAGUGGCAACAGGAAAGUGACAUAUAAGCUUCCAAGACAUUAAUGUGUUUUUUAAAAUUAUUAUUGAAUAUAUCUACGCGUACUUAAACAUAUACAAGUAAAUUUAAAUAAUAUAAAAGACAAAAUAAAAAGCGAUGGUACCAUUUUGUAAUAUUUAAGAUAAUUAUAAUGUUAAGACAGAUAAGUACAAGAAGUUUUUUAAUGUUUUUAGAUUACGUUUUUAUUGUUGGAAGUCAAUUUAUAAAAUUGAAAGAGUUGUUAGUUGUGUAUUGUUUUUUCUGUAUAUACAUGGAUUAUAAACGAUUAUAUUGACAAUUGAGAUGUUGGAAGGUCGAAGACUGAGUGCUGGUCAUAGUUGUACUUAAUGAAGUAAUUACAAUAUGAAUUUACAAUAAAUACAUUAUUGUGUAUACCAAGCUUAAAGUAAAUAAUGUGUUUAUAUUUCAAUUCAAUAAGUUGUAGGAAAAUAUAUCGAAACAUUUUUCAUUUUUAUGAAUACAUAAAAAAAAUAGUUUUAAUAUAAUGAAAGCAGUUAAGUUUUAGUAUUUUGUUUGAAAAGAGGUACUGAACUCAAUCAAUCUAAUAUGUGUAUUAUCAUCAUAGUCAAAAUGUAAUUUAUGAAAUAUAAUAACAAAACAAAUUACAUGAGCUUUAACAGAAUGUUAAUUUUAAAACAUUGUGUUUGUCGUUUUUUACUACUUAUACAAUUUGUAAAAAGAUUAAUAAUAAUUUAUUAAUGAAAUACAAUUGUAUGUUAAAAUUCCCACGUUUGCUAGCGUUACCUAGUAUUGUAUAAUUUUUGCAGCAUGUUAUUUCAGAACCCAGUAACAGUUUAUUUUGUCUUUGUUUUAAAAAAAGUUUUUUUAUCUAUCGAUGUAAGUAAGUACCUUUAAAUACACCUUUACCUUUGUACCUAUCUAUUAACUCACGAAGGUAUGCCUCUCCAUACGAAAUUAUCAACAUACUUUAAGUGAGUGACACAUAUGCUUCAUAGUGUGCAUAAGAUUAGUAAUUUAAAAAUAAAAACAGAAAUAAAAUAUAAUUAAGAUUAUAUUUCUUAAUGGAAUUUAAUGUGGAGGUGCUUUCGUUAGUGAACAGAUUGUUACAUGAUGGAAUUAAAUAUAUUUCAACAAAUCUUACUAUCUAUAUAUAGAAUGGUAGGUUAGGUUAGAUAACAAGGUAAGGUAAGGAGGUACAUAACAAGAACACUAUAAACAUACACUUAAAAUUUUACUCAGAAGUUGAGUAGCCAUAGUAAAGAUGUGUAUUUUUAUUAUUCUGUAAGAAAAGUUGCUCAGUGUUUAUCAUUUUAUUAUUGAUGUAAUUUUAAACAACUUACCUUAGAUUGUUUUGAUAUUUUUUUUUAAAUACUUUAAUCAAUUUUAAUUUUAAUUAUUGAUUUUUUGACUAUUUAUAAUUGACAAAACAAUUUAUUUAUGCUGUUGCUGAAAAUAUUUUAUUUAAUUGAAACAGAUGAGUUGUGAUUCGAAAUUGACAUUCCGGUUGUUAAGAAAUUAAUUUGGUCUCAAAUUAUAAAAUGGUUGUUAUAUAAAUUAUUAAUAUGAUUUUUUUAUGUCGCUUAUUUGAAUAAGACACUGUAUUCGUAUCAAUAGGGUUUAGCUACAUUAAAAAAAAUCUUAAACUCUAAAAAAGUUAAAUUAGUCUGUGUGAUAUUAUCUUAUUUUUGCCAGGAUAUUAUGCUGAUAAUUUAAAUCACAUAACUUUUCAAAAUAACCUAUUAAAUGCUACCUUUUCGUUUCAACUUGAUUUACUGUAUUAUAAUUGUUAUAUGUUAAAAAGAAUUGGUAAAAACAAUAAUUGCGUCCAAUAGUUAUUGAAUAUUAUAAUUGAGUUAAAAAAACUGUAUUAAAAAAGUUUGACGAUAGCUAAAAGCUGCUUGUUUCUGCAGGGUCAUGAAUAUUGCUAUUAAGACUAGAUUAUAUUAUUCCCCAAUUUGGGGCUGCCAAUAAAUAAAAAUUUAGAUAAAUACAAUAUAUUUCAACAAUUAUUCCUUAACUUUCACUAUACCUAUAAAACUUAUUUAAAUAUUAAAUACUAUUAUUGGAUUUGCAACUCAAUUUAGCAAAUGUAAGAAGAUAUAUUAUAAUAAUAAAUGACAAAUAGAUAUAAGUUUAUAUAAGAUCCACUGGAUGUGCCAAGCUAUACAAAAUAUAUACAUAAAGCUCUUUAAUACUAAAAAUAUAGCGAUCAUCCAUUUACAAAAUAACGCAAAUGCCUUAUUUUUAUAUCAUUCAUUAUUAUUAAUGAGGACAUAAUACUAAAGUAUAAUCCGUAAAGAUUCCGCAGAA